CGCAGAUUCCGUAGUCAGGAAGUAACGCUUUGUUUACAUCGUGAGGUUUUCAGGGGAAAAUAACUCAAACCAGAGCUGUAAAAUAGACAUGGCCGACGACGUACUCUUUGAGUUCCUCCACAUGGAGAUGGUGUCCCAUAUUUACAAAGACCAAGCCUCGAGAGGGGAAAUGGACAAGGAUAGGGCCACUUGUGUGUCCACUCUGGAAGGCAUGGGCUUCAGAGUAGGACAGGGGCUUAUCGAAAGAUUUACAAAAGAUUCGCCCAGCUUCAAAGAUGACUUGGAUGUCAUGAAAUUCAUCUGUAAAGACUUCUGGAUAAAUGUCUUCAGAAAGCAAAUUGACAACCUUAGGACAAACCACCAGGGUACUUAUGUUUUACAAGACAACAAGUUUGCACUCUUGACACCGUUUUCCAGCGGGAAGCAGUACCUUGAGGAAGCUCCGAAAUAUCUUGCAUACUCCUGUGGAUUGGUGAGAGGAGCUUUGUCUAACCUGGGAAUGGACUGCGUGGUGACAGCUGAGAUCUCCCUAAUGGCCUCAUGUAAAUUUCAGGUCGUGAUUCAGAAGAUUUGAAUUGGAUCCACCUCUUUAUGAUGGUAUGUUCAUCUUUGGCAAUAAAAUAAUGUGAAUGUCAACCUUAAGGUCCUUAAAUGUCAUCACAUUGAAGGUGGUUUACUACAUAUUGUUUUUGUAUUAAAAUGUUUAUUUAUUUUCCUUUUUAGAAAGCAAUAGUACAUGGUAAAGAAUUACACACUUGGUAAAGAAUAGUACAUGGUAAAGAAUUACAAAAAACAUAAUCCUCUAUUUAAUUGUCUUUAUCUGAUUAUUUUGUAUCCUGUCUUUGUAUAUUAACUACAAUUUUUCUUCAGUGUGACAGUUGUGAAGGUAUUGCAGCUGGUUUGUUGUAUGUAUCAUCUCUGUUCUUGAGGGAAACCAAAUACGAAUUGCAUUUUUAUUCUCAAAUGAUUUUCAUACUUAUCCCAUGUCAUUUCAUUGGCUCUUUGUUGACUGUAUUUGCUGAAAGCAACAACAAAUAGUUAAAUAGUAACUUUUUUCUGCCACUAGAGGGUAGUCUCUGCAAAAUACUCUUCUCGACAGCAUGCCUGUCUCGACAGCAUGCCUGAAUGGAAUCAGAGUGCAUUUUCCUUUUAAAAGAGAGUCAAGUUGAACAGUACAGCAGUGAUAUCCAGCUCUCCAGUUGUCUCUUUCAAACUUUGUGAGUCAUGUUAUUAUCUUGGGAUAUGAUCUGUCUGCUUUACCUUGCAUCAAAAGCAAUACAUUUAAGACCUGGAUUGAAAAUAUUGUUUGUACAAAAUAAUACUUUAAAGGGGAAAUCUGCAGUUGCUACAUCCAUUUUUGGACUUAUAAAUUAAUGAUAUGUACCUAAUUUGAUUCUUUAAGAAUAUAUCUUAUAAAUGCCUAAUGAGCUUAGUUCAACUGUUGUACCCCUUACAGAACCCAAAAUAUAAGCUUAUUUUACUCCAGUGUUUG